ACAGUUUACAGGGUGUACGAUCUCUGCUGGAAAACACAUAUUUGGAGGAUUUUAAGAGGAAAAGUGAAGAGACUGUACAUUGGUGAGUCCUGCUGUUGAAACUACUUCAGUUACAAAUGGCUGAGAAAGUUGCUCUUGUUGAAAGUUUUCUGAGCUGCCAUGUGUGUUCAGAGACUUUCAGAGAUCCUGUGUCUCUGAGCUGCAACCACAACUUCUGUUCAAGCUGCCUGCAGAAAUUCUGGGAACAAGCUAAAAACAAAAACUGUCCUAUUUGCAAAAGAAAAUCCUCAAAAGAUCCUCCUUUGGUGAACUUUACACUGAAAGAACUGGCUGACUCCUUUGCUGGAAGACAGAAAUCUGGAUCAUCUGAGACAGAAAAGGGAAAAGAGAAGUCAUUAAUGGUGGUUUGUAGUAAAAACAAAGAAGAGUCUAAACUGUUCUGUGAGAGUGAGCAGAGAGCUGUGUGUCCUGUCUGUGACUCGUCUCUCCACCACAAUCACAAAGUGGUUCCUAUAGAACAAGCAGUCAGUGACAUGAAGGAGCAGCUGAAAUCUGACUUAAAGUCUCUGAGGGACAAGAGGAACAAAUACAAACAAGUGGAGAAAACAUACAAUGAGGUGAUUCAACACUCCAAGAAGCAGCUGCUGUCCACAGAGAGGCAGAUCAGAGCAGAGUUCAACAAGCUCCACCAGUUCCUGAAAGAGGAAGAGGAGUCCAGACUGGCAGCUCUGAGGGAGGAAGAGGAGCAGAAAGGGAAGACUGUGAGCAGAGAGAUGAAGAGGAUUCAGGAGCAGAUCUCCUCUCUGUCAGACAGUAUCUCUGCUGUUGAAGAAGAGCUGCAGAAACACCAGGUGCCAUUCCUCAGCAGUUAUAAAGCCACUCAGACCAGAGCCAGAGCCCAGUGCUCACUGUCAGAUCCACAGCUGGUCUCAGGAGCCCUGAUAGAUGUGGCCAAACACCUGGGCAACCUGGCCUUCAGAGUCUGGGAGAAGAUGGAGGAGAAGGUCCACUUCAGUCCUGUCAUUCUGGACCCAAACACUGCAAACCCCUGGCUCUAUCUGUCUGAUGAUCUGACCAGUGUGAGACGUGGAGACACAAAGCAGCAGCUUCCUGACAAUCCAGAGAGAAACACUUAUUCUGCUGAUGUUCUGGGCUCUGAGGGCUUCAGUUCAGGGAAACACAGCUGGGAGGUGGAGGUGGGAGAUCAUCCUUGUUGGAAUGUUGGUUUAGUUAAAGAGUCAGUUGACAGGAAGGGAGAGAGAUCAGCUUCACCAAAAUCUGGAAUCUGGCGCUUAAGGUAUCGUGAUGGAAAAUACUCUGAUGUUGUUGGUCAGACUGUGACAGUAGAGAAGAGUCUCCAGAGGAUCAGAGUCCAGCUGGACUAUGACAGGGGGGAGGUGUCCUUCUACAACUCUGAAGACAUGACUCACAUCCACACUCACAGAGACACUUUUACUGAGAAACUCUUCCCAUGUUUCGGUAUUUACAAAACUGAUGCUGACAAAACCUCUGAUAUCAAAAUCAGAAAAUGAGAUUUCUCUGUGAUGUUCAGAGAUGUUUGUUUUUCUGUGACAAUCAUUCGAGGUUCAUUUCUUUGUAAAGUCAUCAUCACACAACAGUGAUAGUUUCGAUUGAUUUGUUCUCGAAAAAUUAACAGUCACUUUUGAAAUAAGAUUUGAUUAGAUUAUUCUGAAAGUUUUUUUUUCCUCUACUGAAGAGUUAUUUUAUCCUUGUUCUUAUUUUAUUCUACAGCAGAACUGAUUUAUUUCCUUGGUUCACAGAAACUGUUAAUCCAACUGUCUGAAAUGAAUGAUGUUGUGUGGUUGCCAUCAAUGAUUUAGUUGUGUUUAGUUUUUGUAGGAUGUAACUUCAUGUUGUUGAUAUUCUGCUCAUGUUUAAUAGAUUAUAACAGAAUAAAGUCUCAUGUUGUUCAGUAAAUACUCUGAUCAUACUGUAAUCUGAAUGACGCUCUCUUGGCUAAACAUGCUCAGUGUGUCCAUACACUUGUUUUCAUGUUAUUAACUUCCUGUAAAUAGGUCAUAAACAGAGUGUGUGGUGUUUUUGUGCUAAUGAAGACUCGGCUUUAAAACUACAAAUACAACUGUCCACAUGUGCUUUAUUGAAUAUUUUGCAUCAAUACGUGGUCCUUUGCUUCCAUCUAGUGGGUAUAUGGUGGAACUACAGAAAACAGACAGCACCAUUGUUUUCCCCUAACAGAGCUUUCCAACAAUAUGCCACACCCCUUCUUGAUCUAUUGUCAGGUUUGAUGCAUGAUAGCCAGUUUAGUCAUUUUUAUGGAUUCUAUAAUGUGGACGAUAAUAGAAUUGGACAUAUAGUUUAAAUGAAACAGUCAAUGUUCUUUUUCUGAAGUGGUAAUCCGUAGUAUUUUGUUGCUUUGUGGUAUUUCUAUCAACUGUUCGUCCAGUUCUAGUCAAAGGGUUGUUCAGUGAGUUCAGUGGCAUCUCUGUGCAUGAUAUCAUUGCUAUCAGGGUGUUUUUCUAUCAUCAAAUCUAGGAGAAAUUAUUUUAAACUUCACUUUUGUCUCAAUAGAAAACAAUAUGACUACAGUGCAUGUGUACUUGGUAGUAAACUGAUACCUCUAACAGCUGGUUAACAGAAGCAUCUCAUAACCGGGACUUUACUCAUGUAGCUGCCACUGAAAAUGUGCCAAUUUCUUUAUUUCUUCUUUAUUACUUCUUACAUAGGUGUUAAACAUGUGAAUUGUAAUUUCAUUUGGAGGUGUUUGAGGUCAUUAUCUUUGUACUUGAAGUAUGAAAGAAAGACAAUAAAACAG